UUUUUUUAGUAAGAUUAUUUUUAUAAUUGACUAUUGUGCUACAUUUCGCUAUAAUCAUCUAUAUUUCAACUAUUAAAAAUUUAAAAACCGGAACAUGGCUCAGAAAUUAUCUAAUUAUCCAUUUAUCCCCAAAACUAAAACCCCAACAGUAAUUAUCAAUACCGUACUUCCAAACCUCCCGCAACCAGAAUGUAAAUCCUCUAUUCACUCUUAAAACUUCCCACUGAAACAUCACUAAUGUCAACUGCAAUCUUCCGGCGGGCGUUAACCCCACGCGCCACCGCUUCAACCACCGUCUCACUCUCCUCCAUCUCUUCCUCCCCUCCAACCCCCGACACUUCCGCCGUCUCCACCACCGUAUCAAUCCUAACCCACCACCGUCGCAAAUCCCGGUGGUCCACUCUCCUCUCUCUCUUCCCCAACGGUUUCACCCCAUCUCAAACCUCCAAAAUCCUCCUCAAAAUCCGCAACAAUCCCCACCUCGCCCUCCGCUUCUUCCUCUUCACCACGCGCCGCUGCCAUUCUCUCUCUUCCCUCCAUUCUUACUCCACCAUUAUUCACAUCUUAGCUCGCGGUCGCCAAAAAACCCGGGCCAAAUCGCUUAUUAAAUCGGCAAUUCGGGAGUUUGAUUUGAUGGGUGUUGAAGAUUCUCGAGAAUUUUCUGGAAAAAAGUGCAAGGUUUUUAAGGCUUUGGUUGAAUCUUAUAGGGUAUGUGAUUCUGCCCCCUUUGUGUUUGAUUUACUGAUUGUUUCCCUUUUAGAAAUGAAUAAAUUAGACCCAUGUAUUGAUAUUGUUAGAAUGUUGCAUAAUCGUGGAGUUUAUGUUAAUGUUGGUACUUGUAAUGAGUUGAUUUCGAGCGCCUUGAAAACUAGGGAUUGUUUCUUUGGAUAUGAUUUGUAUAAGGAGUUAUUUGGGUGUGAGAAAGGUAAAUUAGUUCCAAAUGUGCAUGUUUUUAAUGAGCUUAUGCUUUCGUUUCAUCGAAAUGGAUUGCUUGAUAUGGUGGAGGAGGUUUGGAUUGAGAUGGUUAAGUCGAAUUGCGAUCCGAAUGCUUAUAGUUAUAGCAUUUUGAUGGAGGGUUAUUGUGAGAAAGGUGAUUUGGAGAAGGCUGAAAAGGUGUGGGAAGAGUUGAGAGUGAAGGGGUUGAAUCCUGAUGUUGUUGGUUAUAAUACAUUGAUUGGUGGGUAUUGUAGAAUGGGUGAGGUUGGGAAGGGUGAGGAGCUUUAUAGAGAGAUGGGAUUGCGCGGCGUGGAGGGAACUUGUGUUACUUAUGAACAUCUUAUAGGUGGGUAUUGUUUGGCUGGAGAUGCUGAUUCUGCAAUGCUGUUGUAUAAUGACAUGCGUAGGAAGGGGUUUAUUACUGAUAAUUCAACUGUUGAUUCAUUGGUUAGAGUACUUUGUUGUAAGAGGUCAGUUUUGGAAGCUUUUGAAUUCUUCAAGAUUGCCAUGAAGAAUGCUGAUUUUGUUGCAAGGGAGUCAAGCUAUGAGUUACUGAUAAAGGGUUUGUGUGAUGAGGGAAAGACAGAGGAAGCCUUGAAACUUCAGGCACAAAUGGCAGGGAAGGGGUUUAGACCCAAGUCACAUGUAUAUGGUGCUUUCAUUGAUGGCUACUUGAAGAUAGGAAAAGCUGAUGAAGCAGAAAGUCUGAGGAAAGAGAUGAUGGAUAUGUAAAGCUUACCGUGUUAAGAGUCAGGAAUUAAACACCCUGUAAGAAUGAAAACUGCCCGUCACUAAAGGUUAUAACAAAACCUCGGACCUUAAGGAUGAUGUUUGUAAUGCUUAUAUGAAAUUUAAGAAGCUUUUGGAAUCUGCUAAAAGGUAGGAAUAAGAAGGUGUCAACUCUGUAGCUUAUGAAAUCCUUGAUCUUCACAACAUUGGAAGGUAUUCAUUUGACAGCUUUCCUUUGCCUCUUAUAUACAUUAGCUUCUUAUAUCUCUACCUCAAUGAUACCAUUUUUGAAUAUCUAAAUGGGGAAGGGAGUUCAAAAACGAAGUCGUGUUUCUUGUUUGUGCAUUUUUCAUUGCAAAGCUUGUGGAAUGCUUUGCACAAAGGAAUUGGUUAGGCGUCAUGUAGCCUGGGUUAGGCAAGAGCUGUUCUUACGGGGAGCAUUUUAAUAAGGCCUUGUUCGAUCGAAACAAGGGUAGUUAAGUGAAGAAAAGACUUACCUUUUUGUCUUUUGAUGCAAAGAGAUUGGUCGCUUAAGUUGUUACAUGCUUGAUUCAUGGCCAAUAAUUGUGCAAGUUACAUUAGCAUUGGUAUUCAUGUAGUAGUACAAAAGUCUAGGACUUGCAACAAUUUCUAGAUUUGCUACACUUAUUUCGACCAUUGUCAUGCUGGUCAAUUUCCCUUUGUCAAUUUGUGCUAAAAAGUAUCAGUAAAAAAUAAUGGAAUCAAAGGAUUAGAGAAUGAAGGCUACAUCUGAAAUAUUGAUAACCAUGGGAAUUUUAAAGCUUCAAGAAUGGAAGAUUUAGCUCUUGUCUAAGAUUAUUUAGAAAUAUCGAGAAUAAAUGGCUGACAAAUUUUCUUUGUACUACAAGUAUUACUUCAUUUGUCUUCUGGGAUGCUCAAUCAUCCUGACAAUCUCUGCGAUGAUUCAGACAAAGCUUUCCCUUGAUAGAAUUGCCUCAUUUCUUAGCCUCAACGACAAUAUAUUUCCAAGGUGCUGCUGAGAUGUAUAAUGAAACUUUAAUUUGGAUCCGUCUGUCCCAAGCAAAAUCGAGGACAUUAAUCUUAGGGUGUAUUCAGCUUUGGCGAGUCAACCGUACUCUCUUCUAUACUCGUAAGACUGAUUGGAUCCAAGGCUUUUGCUGUGUGGAUAGUUGAUGAAAUAUUGUUUGGCAAAGAAAUGGAUCAUGACAGUUUUACAGUUUUGUGAAGAAGGAUCUCAAAAUCUUAUCUUUUAAUAACAAGAUUAUUGUUGGUGAGGGGGUUAUCAGUUGGAGUGGCGAUUAGAAGCAAAGGAUUUGAAUUGCCUGUGCAUGGUACCAGGAUGCUGAUAUAUCUGUUUGAUGAUCCAUUAGUGUUGUUGAUGCUCACACUCAUAGUCUUCUUUUCAAGAUAUUAGCAGGUAGCUACUUCUGUGAGGUCGCUGGUCGGAGCAAUAUUUGAUUACCUGGUCUGUUGAAGGGUGGCAGGUUAAGCUUAUUUGGAACGCUGCUGCUUAUGGGACUUGUUAAAAGAAACCGUGAAGCAACAUUCGACAUGCUUAGAUGCUGGCCAAGCAGUACAAUAUGCUUCAAUCAUGUUAGUAGCUCUGUUCUGGCCUUAUCGUCGAUCAAGAAUGAUGUAAGAGUUGUAAUAUGAAGUGUAAAGCUUUCAAACCCACCAUCAGCAACUGAAGCUGUUAAAUUGCAGGAGCAUAUCAAGAAUAGAAAUAAGGGUAUGGAGAAGAAGAGGCUUGAAUGGACAGUUUUUGUUAACAUAACUCCUAGGUCCAAAAAAAAAAUAAUAAAAUUACUUGUACCUUAUUUCUGAAUGAUUUGUUCUAGAUUUAGUAAAUCUAACUAAUGUAACUCUGCUGUGAUCAAAUUUCUUACUUCGUAAAUUGUGGGAUCAAUCAUUAUUAACCGUGCUUCCUUGGUUAUAGCAUAAAAUUUACCCUCAAAACUGAUAAUAUUGGAGAAAUCACUAUUGUUGAUUACGAA